UACCUUGUUCUUCCGUGGCGUUGUUGCGUCUGUUGCCCUUAAGUUGCAGUCUCUUCUAGCGUCUGCAAGCAGCCAAGCAGAGACAGAAGCCUGGGAGCGGAGUAUCGUAUGGGGAGAAAGGAAGAGAGGCCCGGGCAGGCGUUGGAGGUGAAGGUACCGAACCUAUUCCGGUGCCCCAUAUCGCUGGACGUGAUGCGGUCACCUGUGAGCCUGUGCACCGGAGUAACUUACGACCGUGCCUCCAUCCAACGGUGGCUUGAAUCGGGAAACACCACGUGUCCGGCCACGAUGCUCCCCCUCCCUUCCACCGACCUCAUCCCCAACCUCACCGUUCAGCGCCUGAUCCACAUCUGGUCCGCCUCCGCCUCCGCCGCCGCCUCCGCCUCCUCACCAUCCGCUGUCCUCACUCGCCGGGUCGCCAGCGACCUCCUCCGAGAGAUCAACUCCUCGGCCGCCGAUCACGACACGGUCCCCGCUCUCCGCAAGCUCGCGGACUUCUUCUCCAGCGUCGAGGUCGAUGAGAUCGACAAGAACGACCUCGUCAACGCCGGUGGAUGCCCCACAGUCCUCGCCCCCCUUCUCCUGCGGAAAGAUUCCAAGCUGGAGGUCUCGGCGGCGGUGGCGAGGGUUCUCGCCUUGAUCUUGACUUCCGAUGUCGUCACGGAGGGCAAUAAGAAGAUUGUGGUUUCCACUCUCGUUUCAGAUCUCCAUCGCUCGAUUUCGGCUCUGGUGCGGCUUUUGAGGGAUGAGGAGCGCAUCGAGUCGCGGAUCGAUGCGGCAUGGGUCCUCGAUGCAAUCGUAGCCGCCGCCGCGUCCGACGCGGAAGCCAAGAUGUUGAUCGCCGAAAAUGAGGAGAUGAUCGGAGAGCUUGUCCGGCUCAUCGAACCGGCCGAUGAGAAGGGGACUGCAAUGGAUUGCCGGGCAGUCGAGGCGGGCUUAGGGUGCCUGGAUGGGAUCUCUUCGGCGAAGCGUGCCCGGCCGCGGAUGGUGCGGCUGGGGAUCGUGGAGGUGCUGACUCGGGUGUUGGGUGCAGAUCCCGCAGUGUCGACGCCUGUGGCAGCAGGGAAAGCGCUGCGAAUAAUGGAGGCGGUUGCCGGGUGCGCCGAGGGCCGGGCGGCGAUCUGUGAAGAAGGUGCAGCGGCGGUGUCGGCGGUCGUGAGGAGGAUGGUCAAGACAGGGAGAGAGGGGGCGGAGGCGGCGGUGGCUGUGCUGUGGAGCGUGUGCCACGCAUUUCGAGACCGUCGGGCAGCUGAAGCACUGGCGGCGGCCGAGGGAGGGGCGACGAAGCUGCUUCUCGUAAUGCAGAGUGGGUGCUCGCCGGCGGCGAGGCAGAUGGCGGCGGACUUGCUUAAGAUCUCCCGGGUGAACUCCAAGAGCUGCCUCGCGGGGUACGAUACCAAGACCACCCACAUCACUCCUUUCUGAAAGAGUUAAUUAGAAAGGGGGAAAAAUCACUAAUUUUCUCGUUCACAAUUAUACAUGUUCCUUAAAAAAAAAAUCUUUGUAAAUCGAUAGAAAUUUUUGACAGAUGGAAGUGAUAAUCCAAAAAAAAGGAAAAAUGAGAAUUGAUGGAUUUUUGUUGUGA